AUUGUGGUUCAAGUGGCAUCGGGGGACAUAUGCGCGUCGAUAGUUCGUAGUGGGUUCGUGGAGGGCCGCCGCAAUGGUUUGCGCUGCGGGCCCAGCCAGAACCAACGAGGAGCAGAGCGGCGUGUUGCCAAAGGAGGCCUCUAACGAGGGCAGCAUGCCUCGUGCUUCGACUCUGCUGGGGCGAAGGGCUUCAUUUACCGACAUGGCCUUGGUGAACGUGCCAUCCGUCGUUCGACAGAGUGGACGGCAAGCUCAGCUGAGAAGUCAUGCCGUUCAAGUGGCCGAGGGAGGGGGAGCCCAUGCGCCAGUUCAUCUCAGGUCCGAAGUCAUAACCAGCAACUUUGCCAAGUUUGAACGUAUUGGUAUGGGCUCUUCAAGCGUUGCUUACCGUGCGCUGAGGCUCUGUGACAACAGGACUGUCGUCAUUAAGGCAUUGCGUCGCUUGGAUGUCGGCCCGGUGUCCUUGGCGAAGCGGGAAUUUGAUCUCCUCACCAAUUUCAGACAUCCCAAUAUCAUCGUCGCCUUAGAUUUCCUGGAAUCGCUAUCGUGUGUGGCACUGGUGUUGGAGGACAUCGCGGGCCGCACUCUGCGUUCGGUUGUGCGUUCGACUUGUGCGGGCCGCCUGGACGAGCUGUGCUCCAUGCGCUUGUUCGUCCAAGUGGCUGCCGGAUUGGCUUACCUGCAUGGCAGGAACACGGUUCACCGCGAUCUGAAGCCUGACAAUUGCCUCGUCUCGAAAGGGGGCGUCCUGAAGCUGAUCGACUUCAACGUCGCCGCGAGCACCGAGGGAGGCGAGCUCCUGACCCCAACCGGAACGAGGGAGUUCCGCGCCCCAGAGGUCCUGAACAGGCCGUACGCGUCGCCAGCGGACGUUUGGUCCCUCGGCCUGUGCCUGCACUUCAUGCUGCACGGCCGCACGCCCUCCCGCGACUCCGACGACGAGCCGACGGCGACCUCCGCGGCGGCGGCCUCCACCGAGACGUACUCGGAGGACGCCGCCGACGGCAGCUCCGACGGCGGCGGCGGCUCGCCGAGGGGGCGAGCGAUGACCGAGCAGCCCCGGGACGCGUGGGGCGGCAGCGCGUGGGCCCUGCAGCGGUGCUGCCUCCAGGACUGGCGGCAGCGGGCCACGGCCCAGGAGCUCUUCGCGGGUGCGUCCGGGUGGCUCGCCGGUCGCUGAGCCGGCCGGGCGAGCCGCGAGCGGCUGGCUGCCGCGGCGGGGCUGCGCAGAGCGAGCGCCGGCCGGUCGUGCCGGCGCCCCAGCGGGUGCCGCCCUGAGGCCUCGACUUGCUGCUGCGGCGCCCUCGGGGUCCCCCCCCUCUCGUUGCCCCUCACGCCCUGGGAGAUUGUUCCUGAGGGCAGGCACGCAGGCCUCGAGGUGCGAAGGCAGAGGCUGCGCCCGCCCUUUCCGUUCAUGACUCAGGCUUGUACAUACCCGCCGCCCGGGGACGGGCGCUGCCCCGGUGCGCCGCCGUGCGCGGUGCGCACACUGCCGCCGGGUGCCGCUUCCUCGGGACAGUGUGCGUGCAGCGCAGGCUGGCAGGCGCCUCCCUCCGCAAGGGCAUGUUGGCACCCGCAGCGAGAGAACGAGCUCGCGAGACGGCGGGCCAGGACCGCGCAGGCUUUGUUGCUGUGCACUGUACCUCUGGGAGGCGCCCCCACCGCUGCCGCCGAGCCCGUGCCAUCUGCGGGUGAUGACGCGGACCCCAGGCAUGCGCUCUGACAGGUCGUUGAAUCCCCAAGGGUCGAGGUCGACGAGGGCCCACUCAUCCCUCCGCCUCGGGUCUUCUUCUGAGGAUGGAUCCGAUUCGUGCUGUGUUUUUUGGGGUAGUCCUGCCUUGGAGGUGCCAGGCAGGACUUCAUUUUUCUAUUUCCCAUGUUCUCGUGUCGCUGUCCCUGUGGCCCCUGUAUCGGGCGCCAUGUUGGGCUCCCGCGGCCUGGGCUGAGCCGUUUGCCCGCCGCGAGUCCGACGAAUGCCGUCGGACACAUGCUUGUUUUUAGGCAGGUCGCUCACAGUUCGCGACCCCUCUCGUGUUCCUAAUUGUUGGCCCCUCGUUCAGGUCCUGACAGGACCCAACCAUACGCAGGUGUGCCACCGUAGGGGUAUAAACUUUCCAGCCGCCUUGGGACAGGCGCCCCCGACAGCGAAAAAAAUUAUGUUAUACCGUUCUUCGCCCGUUAGGUG